AUGGCAGAAACCAGCAAAAAAGCUUGCAAAACCUUCACAAAAUCACAAGCUAUGUCACUCUUUAUUUUCCUUCUCUUUAUUGUUCCCCUUUCUGCUCGUCGUAUCAAAUCUCUGGCGAUAUUAGAGGUUCCUUUAGCAUCACAUGGAAGAGUCGUCCUUGAUUCUCAUACAAGAAACCAAUGCACCACCAAGUUCCACGGCGGAGCAACCACUACUUCUGUAGCUGCUGCUGGUGGUACCGCAACGGCAAGGAGUACAAACCGAGAAUUUCAGGCAGAAGCACAUAACGUUCCCAGCGGUCCGAAUCCUGAGGGCAACAGAUAA